UCACUUCUCUUUCCAAAACGUUGAAAAACGGAACCAAAGGAAUAAUAUCUCUAGUCCAAACAGGAUUUCCCACUUUCCCAUUUUUCAAAGCUACUCUUUUUUCUCAAAGAGAGAAAGAGAGAAAGCUUGGAGGAACCUCGGAUUAGUGAAGCUCCAAGAUCAAACUAUGGUUGGCUUGUGCAUCAUCUUCGUCAAUGGCGGCCCCAUGAAGCUUCUUCGUGGAGGGUGAGGUGAUUCCAAGAGUCAAAAGGCUCUGUGGAGCGAUUGAUAUAUGUUUGAUUACUUGGUUUGAUUGGGGAUUGUGGAAAGUUUGGAUUUUUAGUUGAGUUAUUGGUUGUUAGGCUUGAACUUUGUGUGGGAUUAUUUUGGGAGGAUAAAGGUGAGAGUUUGACUGUGUUUUGUUGCUUUGAGAUGUUGAAAGCGAGAGAAUAUGGUGUUAUGUUUGAGUUUUGUUGAAAAAGGUUGGUUUUUUAAGUUUGGGAUUUAGAUUUUAAGCUUUUUGGAAGAUAGAUGUGCAUUAGACUUGAUUCGUUUGUGUUGUCGUUUUUUUAUUUUUUUUGGGGAUGAUCUCAGAGUUGCCGAAAGUUGGAUUGGGUUUCUUUCUUUUAAUUAAAGUUGUGGUGGUAUAAGGGUGUACUGGAAGGAAAGUUUGGAUUCCUUGCCUCAUUUGAGAACAAAAAAAGAAUAGCUCAAUACUUUAAGCUUUUUAUCAGAGAAACUGGAUGAUAGGGAUCUUUUGAAGCGUUAGUUGGUAGAGCUUCUUCUUCUUCUUCUUCUCCUUCUCCUUCUCCUUUUGAAGAUUGCUGAUUUGGAGAUCAUCUUUCUUGUUUUCAGAGUUUCCAGUCUGGCAUGAUGGAUUCUGGUCACUAAGUUUCAUUCAUAAAUCAUAAGCAGAACUGGAACAUCGACUCAGAAUAAUGGCAAAGAGAUCCAGGAGAAGAUCUCAACAAUCUAAGGACAAUGCAGGCUGUAUGUGGGGUUUCAUUAGCUUGUUUGAUUUCCGACAGGGUAAUUCGACAAGAAAGUUACUUUCAGAUCGGAAGCAUGGAAGUAGUAGAAAUGGUGUCCCGGGAUAUUCAACAAACAAAUUUGAGCUGCUCAGAGAUUUGGACGAAGAAAGUGGAGAUGUCAUCAAUGGUGAUGCUCGGAGUGAAGCCGGAACAGUUGAUUUGGCCAUGGCAAGCGUCAAAUCACUCAUGCAGGAAGAGAUGUCAAAUUCAAAUCUAGCAAAGAAAAAUCCAAGUGAUGUAUCAAGGAGACAAUUGAAGAAAAAUCAUAAGAAAGCAGACAAAAGUUCUAAGUUGGCUGCAGUUCUUGUCGAUGAUUUGAAUUUGCCGGAUUCUGAUCAGUCUCAUUGUUCAAUGAAUCACUUGGAACAAUCAAUCACUAACUUUGAUGUUGCUGCAUUUGUAGCUGAUUUCUGCGUCGAUAACCAUCAAUGCUCAGAAAAGCAUGUGGUUAGUCUUGCAGAACAUGAAUCUGACCAAUCUGAAAAGUUUUCUAUUAUUCAGAAGGCACUGAGUGAUGUAGGUGAGGUAUUUUUACGAUACAAGUUUAAUGAUGAGAAACAAGUUUCUGACAAGGAGGCGGUCUAUCAAUCCAAGCGAUUUAUAGAGGCUAUAGAGACACUGAACACAAAUAAGGAGCUAAUUCUAAGGCUUAUGGAGGAUCCAAAUUCAGUUCUAUUGAAGCAUUUGCAAGAUCUUCAAAAUGUUCAAACUGAUUCACAUAUACGUGAAGAAACAAGUGAAAUUCUCGGAGAAGAGAUCGGUAGUUCAGCUCAAUCUGAGGAGUCUGCCAGGCAUAAAUUGAUUGAGAAGCAGAAUGGACAUAGUUUUUUCUGGAAGAAGGAUAAGUCCAAGUCAAUAAAGACACCAAAAGAAAGCAGAAAUAAUCAAAAUUUAAACAGAAUAGUUGUUCUAAAGCCCACUGCAUCAAUACCUCAAAGUUCUUUGGUUACAAAUAUGGUGAUAAGUCCUAGCUCAUCACCUAUCUCAUUCUAUGACUCGAAACAUCCGGAAGUCAGUGAAAGAGUUGGAUCCUAUUUUUCUCUCAGAGAAAUCAAGCGGAGGUUUAAGCAAGCCAUCGGUGAGAAUAAAAAGGAGAGGCAUUUGAUCUCCAUGGACGGUAUUCUACACAAAAUUCCUUAUGGACACAAAAGUUUCGAUGAUAUUGGGAAACAGAAGAGUAUAGAAAAGGCUGUUCAUAACAAAAUUUUCGGCAAUGGGAAGAACACUCCCGCUCAGUCUUCUGACAAUGCCAUGAAAAAGGACAAGCUUAAAAGUGGAAUUGAGGAUGCUUCCUUGAGAUCGAAUAUACCAACAACUUCACAGCUCAUGCAUAGAGAACCUUCUUUCUAUGAAGAAGCCAAGAGACAUCUUGUUGAUAUGCUAAAUAGUGCAGAAGAGAAGGAAACAUUGCCAUCCAAACAGGGGUCAAAAUUAUUGGGAAAAGUUCUUUCUCUGCCAGAAUACAACUCGUUAUCGCCUCGAUUAAGUCCUGGAAGAGAAAAAGAGGCUGAGUUGUCGCCUCGAUGCAUAAUUUUUUCACCAAACCAUCAGGCAAAGCAGGAAAAUUUUGUCAACAAUUUAAGCCCAAGGAAGCAGGCAGAUAGUGAACAGGAAACUAAUUCAUGUUUGGAUAUAAAUCCUCAACUUGUUGAAAUGUUGCCAGAACUCAUUGAAAACCAUAUACAAGUGGAUAUCAACAUUGAAGAAGAAUCAGAUACAAAAGUAGUUGCUGAAGAAAUUUUGGAGAGAGAUAAUGCUGAGCGAAAUGUUUUAAGAGAGACAUGCAAGGAAGAAGUUUCAGAAUCAUCACCACUGGGAUCAUACGAUGAGACACCAUCAACGGCUAGUCCAUCUAACAAAAUGCCUAGCACUUUAUUUAUACACAAUGCAGAAGCUCCUGAUAAUCUCAUCGACAAACCUGAGCGACCAAGUCCUGUAUCUGUUCUUGAACCUUUCUUCUCAGAAGAUGUCGGCAGCCCUCAGAGUGCAUCACUUGGCUACACUGAUUUGCCGAUACAACCUCGACAACUUCAGUAUGAGGAACAUCAAAAUUCCAGCAUUGUUAUGAUUUCACCAGACUGUGGAGCUAAUCUGAGAACCUGUUUAGAUGACAAGGAAGUCAUGGGUGACUUCAUUAGAACUGCUUUAAAAGCUACCGGCCUUUGCUGUGAUAAAAUUCCAGAGCGAUGGCAUUUAUCAGAUCAGUUGUUUGAACUAUCAUUGCUUGAUGAAGUAGGGAUCUCAUACAGUCAGCUGACAGAUGAUCCACAGCUUCUUUUUGAUUGCAUCAAUGAGGUUCUUGUUGAGAUUCAUGAAAGAUACUUUAGUUGUUCCCCUUGGCUCUCUUUGGUAAGGCGUGACAUACGACCGGUUCCAAAAGGAGCAAACUUCAUUGAAGAAGUGUGCAAAGGCAUAGAAUGGCAUCUCAAACUGCAGUUUCCAACCACUUUGGAUCAGUUAAUUGGAAAGGACAUGGAGUCUGCUGGUUGGAUGGACAUUCGGGUCGAUCAUGAACAAGUAUUUGUGCAGAUGGCAGAUGAAAUACUCACAUAUCUAAUGGAAGAGGCCAUACUUGAAAUAUGAGUCUGAAUUCUUAGUUCUUGAAGUCUUGUUUAAUUAUUUUUUAUCGUUAACUGGGAUUAAUAAGCGAGACACAUCUACUAUGAUAAUGCCAAAGCGGGGUGGAAGUAGUUUGUGGCUCCGAAGUAAAAUGAGAUUGUAUACUCGAUCUCUCUUUUCUUCUUUUGUGUGUCUACUUUGAUUGUUUGUGCAGUUUGAGUUGGAUAGAAAAAUUGACACCUGAAACAAAACAUUCACUAAUUUUCUAGGCUGUGUUUUAAUCACCUUGAAAAUUUGAGUCACGACAUUAUUAUGUACAGUAUUUUCAAAGAGAAUGUCUAUAACAUUUGUUCGAGUUUGUAUAAUAAACCUUCUAUUUGUACUUCCUAUGUUGUGAUUAUUUGUGUGUUUGAUUGUUGACAA